ACGCUGGUGACCGGCGCAGCAUGGACACGGCGCGGGGCUGCGCGGGCGUCCUGCUGCGAUCUCUGGUAUCCAUGGGAGUUUCUGUUGGGUCAGUAACAAGACAGACUCUGUUCCCUCCUCUUGCAUCUGCAGGACGACCUUUUCGUAUAUCAAAUCAUGACCGAAGCAGUCGGAAAGGAGUUGUUGCAAGCAGUCUGCAGGAUCUCAUUAGCAAGACCCUGGAUGCCUUCCUUAUUACAGCUGGAAUAGUUACUUUGGUUUUAGAGGAAGAUGGUACGGCUGUAGAUACAGAAGAGUUUUUUCAGUCUCUUGGGGAUAAUACACACUUCAUGAUUCUAGAAGAAGGACAGAAGUGGACACUAGGAGCAAAUUGCCUCGCUGUACAGCAACCAAAGAAAAUGGGCGUGGCCAACAUCACAUUUGAUUUGUACAAGCUGAAUCCGAAAGACUUCAUUGGUUGCUUAAAUAUUAGAGCUACUUUCUAUGAAAUCUACUCUGUGUCAUAUGAUAUCAAGUGUAUGGGAGCAAAAAAUGUGCUGCAGAAAGUGCUUCGUCUUCUGUCCCACCUGGCACAAGUAACUGGGCAAUUCCUCCUCUUCAUGGGAACUUACGUGUUGCAGUUAAUGGGUGACUGUGAGGAAGAGGGCAUGUGUACAGAUUCAAAGCACUAAUGAUGGGCAGUCUCGCUGUCUUUAAUUCUGGAUCCUUUCUCUUUUCAAAUGUUUCCAUGUUCAGCUUUAAAGGUAGUGGUCUGUGAUGAAGGCUUUAAUGUUCUCAAAGUAGCUGGAUUUCUGCUGAAGUGAAUGGAAACUUUGCAUGGCAAAUUGUGUGGAUCGUUUCACUCGUAAGAAUGUGACUUGUAAAUUGGGUUGGAGUCUUUUCUUUCAAAUGUAAUAAAUUAAAAAGGUGUCUAAUGUUUGGGAAUGGGAGGCAAAUGUCAACCCAAACUGUGCAUCAAACCAUGCAUUCUCUGUGCACACAAUGGAUUUGCCUGCACUGCUCAAAAUAUGAUAGCCUUGUAGGUGAACAACUACUUCAAAAUAUAUUCUCCCUACCAUUUAGGUCCUGAGGCCUGAAUAAUACUAGGAAUAGUAUUCACUCUGGAAAAUAUACUUAUUCAUUUCUACUAAAAUGUAAAUAAGCAACCACUUUUUCCAGUACAAUGAAAUUCACUGCAUCAGAGUUUGACUGGGUAGUUUAACGUAAGCCAUAAACUGAAUGCAAGUUUCUACAUGGGGCAUGUCUUUCAAGCACAGUAACAACACAGUAACUGCUUCUAUACAUCUCCCUGAAAAGGGACUAGAUUUCUUAGCCCUCUAGUAGUGUAAGCAUGGUUGCCAUCUGUCCAUAAAUUUAGAGCCAGGAAAAAUUCAGGCUAAAAAUUUCUGUCUGUAAACUCCAUUAAUUAAUUUAAGCCCUCUGUAAAAACUGUCAAGCCUAAGCUGUUUUGUGAAGCUCCCUCUUGGAAAGAAGCUGGGCAGCUGGAGCUUGAUUGAAGCACAGAGCUGAGCAAUGUCACCUGGUGUCUGAGCAGGAGCACAGCACUGUGCAGCAAACCUUCUUUUAGUGUUUUGUCAACUCUUUCCCCCUAUAGCCAUAUGCUGCUGCUGCUUCCCAUCCUGUAAUACUGCUGGUUGCAGGUUGGCUUCCUUAGGGGUCUUUGAUAGAGUGGGGCCAGAGGUGGGGAGAGGAGGAGCAGUCACAUGAUGCAGGUUACCGUCAGGAAUGUUGGUGUGGGGUAAGUAGAUGACCUCUGCUGGAGGAAGCAAGAUGGAAAAUCAUUGCUGCAGUCUAUGAACCCGAGAUG